AUGGCGUCGCGAGCAAACGAUGGGCCUUCCCGGCCCGACGUGGGCGACGUCUUGAUGGUGAUCCACGACUUUAUUGCCCGCAGCUCGGAUGAGCUGAGCCUAAAGAAGGGAGACCGAGUCGAGUUACUAGAACGAGACGACGAGUUUGGUGAUGGAUGGUUCCUGGGUCGGCACGUCGCGAACAACAAUACUGGCCUCUUCCCCGAAGUCUAUACCCGACCAAACCCAAGAGCCGUUUCGAACCCAACCUCGACUCCUGCCUUCGUAGCCUCACAACCGCUGUCACCCUUGGUGGAGGUUACACAAGAAGCAUCCCUCCAAGGCACCGCGAGUAAUAUUGCUUCGGCCAGUACAUCUACCGUACCUCUGUCUUCAAGCGCGAUGCCAUCUGCUUUGCCAGCGCAUCUGGUCAAAGCUGAAUCAGCUCCUGUGUCUGGUCUGGGUGGCACAGGAUCACCUGUUUCCGGCCUUGACAGCGCGGGACAGGACGAGUUUCUAAAUGAGACUUUGAACGUUAUCAACGAGCACAUUACUCAUUUGCAGUCACCGCCUGGCACUAGCCAUGGCAACGCUGCCGCCACAGACUCCGGCAGCGAGUACAGCGUUGCGAUUGACCACCGAAUGUCGUAUAUCCAAGGAGAAGAGACGGACGAAGAAGAAGAGGCAGUACAUAGUCGCGCCGAGGUGGAGGCCUGGUCCCCAGACGACGUGGCCGAAUAUCUCUUUACUGAGGGCGUGGAGAAGCACCACUGCGAAGUUUUUAGGGACCAGGAAAUUUCCGGCGAAGUGUUAUUAAGCAUGGAUCAGAGCUCCCUGUUCAUCAAGGAUUUCGACCUAGGCUCCGUCGGCCGCCGCCUUAAAACGUGGCAGAAGAUUAAGGCUCUCCAAGAUGAGGUUAGUGUCGACGAACCAGAUUCAAGGCGCGCCACGCAUACGCGCGGCAGCGAUGGCGGAUCCGAGGACGCGAAACGGACGAGAAGUCGAACGAGCACCCUGACAGGGAACUCAAUAUCACGACCCACCUCCGUCCAGGCUAGGCGCCUGUCCCUGGCUCAGUCAUCUAACAAGGCCUCUCCAGCCGCUCAUAUGACCCCAACAAAUGGCACUCAGGAGAGCCCAUCACGUACACACCUCAAGCGGCCAUCGGCAGCGUCCAUUCGGGACCUCAACCACUCACGACGACACUCAUCGACCGAAUUCCGCCUUCCAGGCUCCAAUGCGACGGUGCCCAAGGUAUCGGCAAACGCGAAUCUCUCUGCCGGUGGUGAUGGCGUGCAUAAGAAACAGCCUUCCUUUGAUCGAAACUGGACCCUGGGCGGCGCUGUCUCGCAGACUUCUCAAAGACCGCUCUCCUCCACGGGACUACAAGAAAUGCUAGGCGUAUCCGAACAAGAUUUGCAGGACUCGGCCGUCGAGCUGGAUCGAGGCUACUUUUCCGGCACUGAGGUAGAUGGACGGAAGCGCAAUGUCUUGCGGAAACGUGAUAGCGCUAACUACGGGACUCAGCAGAGCUACGCGGACGAGCAGAGAGUACGUAGCGCAACCGCCCUCUCCCGACACUCCAGAUACGGUAGCGUCGAUUCUUUCCGGGAUGGAGCGCCGUCUGCCGCUCAGAAAUACUAUGGCAUCCAACCGACUCCCCACAAACGAAACGCCUCCACGAACACGACCGAUUCUGUUCGCCCACCGCCCCCAGCCAAGGAUGGACCUGCUCCCGCCGUCACCAAGCUGGAUACUGUAGUCAGCCCUACCCAGACGGAAUCAUCGCCAAUUGUCGGCAGAGCCCAGGGCCUCAGUGCCGACUGGCUCUCAUCAGUGACCAAGCCAGUCGGCAAAGCCACUCGACCAGCAAUGCGAGCCAUUUCGGAUAAGCUCACAUUUGAGAGAUCCAAGGGUGGUGGAUCAGCUGAUCUAUCGACUAAUGAGCCGCCCUUGCCUUCUCCCGUGCGAACAGGAUCCAGCACCGCUUCAGCAGGACAAAGCCUCGAUCUCGACUCUCAUGAGGGCCUCAAAAGUCCCGUCACGGCAACGGCUCCGAGCAACAAGAAGGGUGGAAAGAAGGGCAAGAAGGAAACGAGUGCCUACACUCAGGGCUUAUUGAAAAUAUCGCCGCAGGUGGCCAUGAAGGAUGCUGAUUACUACGGCUGGAUGAAGAAGAAGAGCUCCAACCUGAUGACAACAUGGAAGCCCCGAUUCUUUGUUCUCAAGGGACGCCGACUUGCCUAUUACUACUCUGAAGACGACGACCAAGAGAAGGGCCUUAUUGACAUCUCAUUCCACCGUGUGCUGCCGGCCGAUAACGAGAGGCUGACCGGAUUACAUGCUACAUUAACUGGCGCAGGCGGCGGGCCAAGCAUGCCAGGCAGUCACAGCAGUCCCGCAGGGGAUGAUGGUGCAGGCGUGGACAAGGGUGACGAUACCAUGUUCAUCUUCAAAUUGGUCCCACCGCGAGCGGGCCUAUCCAAAGGCGUCAGCUUCACCAAGCCGACGGUUCACUACUUUGCUGUGCCAAACCUCAAGCAGGGCCGUCUUUGGAUGGCUGCCUUGAUGAAGUCGACAAUCGAGCGGGAUGACACCCAACCAAUCACGACGACGUAUCAGCAAAAGACAAUAUCUCUUGCCAAGGCGAAACAGAUGCGCCAUCGCCCUCCGGGCUUUGAAGACAGCCAGAUGGCACCACAAGACGGUGAAGCGGAUGGCGCAGACAAGUUGGCAGCUCUCAAGAUUGACGGCGCUCGCUUAGACGUCAAUUUUGGUGACAAGGACGGUACUUUCUCCCCCCUGAGUGCAUAG